UCAAGAGAUCAUCAUCAGUCGCGCGGAGCAGCACGAGGAAUAAACAGGAAUAACGGAGACACAGUUAUUUUACAGGACGAAUGGCGCUCAUGGCCGGGAUUAUUUACGCUAUCACCUCGCUUUUCCUGGGGAUUUGUGCAGGUCUGUCCGCUCCGAGGAGUCCUCCGGUGAAUGAAGUCACGCUGCUGGAUUCCAGAUCAGUGCAAGGAGAGCUGGCAUGGGUCGCCAGCCCGACUGAAGGAGGGUGGGAAGAGGUGAGCAUCAUGGACGAGAAGAACAUCCCCAUCAGAACCUACCAGGUGUGCAACGUGAUGGAGCCUAGUCAAAACAACUGGCUCAGGACUCACUGGAUACAACGCGGAGCAGCCCAGCGAAUCUACAUUGAGAUUAAAUUCACCCUACGGGACUGCAACAGCCUUCCUGGUGUCAUCGGCACAUGCAAAGAGACCUUUAAUCUCUACUACCUGGAGUCCGACUCCGAUAAUGAACGAUAUGCUCAUGAGAGCCGUUUUUCCAAGAUCGAUACUGUGGCAGCGGACGAAAGCUUCACGCAGGUGGAUAUCGGCGAUCGAAUUAUGAAACUGAACACUGAAGUUCGGGAUGUUGGAGUUUUGAGCCGUGCUGGGUUUUAUCUGGCCUUUCAGGAUGUAGGAGCUUGCAUCGCGCUGGUUUCAGUUCACGUCUUUUAUAAAAAGUGUCCAUUAGCCGUUAGGAACUUGGCGCAGUUUCCUGAUACCGUGACUGGAGCGGAUACGUCAUCCCUGGUGGAGGUGCGAGGUUCAUGUGUGGAUCAUUCGGAAGAGCAGGAGGUGCCCAAAAUGUACUGUGGUGCAGAUGGAGAGUGGCUGGUGCCCAUUGGGAAUUGUCUGUGUAACCCUGGAUAUGAGGAGCGGAACGAGCAGUGUCAAGUGUGUAAGGUGGGCUACUACAGGUCUCUUUCCUCAGACGUGGGCUGUCGUAAAUGUCCACUGCACAGUUACUCGGUGAAAGAAGGAGCCACUUCCUGCGAUUGUGACAAAGGAUAUUACAGAUCAGAGACGGAUCCUGCUGCCAUGCCUUGCACACGUCCUCCAUCUGCUCCACACAAUCUGAUCUCGAAUGUGAACGAGACAUCAGUGUUGUUGGACUGGAGUCCUCCUCUGUCCUCUGGCGGCCGUCAGGAUCUCACCUAUAAUGUGGUGUGUAAGCAGUGUGUGCGGGACACGCAGAGAUGCACGCCGUGCGGAGACGACGUGCGAUACUCUCCGCAGCGCCUCAGUCUGCGCUCCACGCGGGUGUCCGUUCACCAGCUGCAGGCCCACACCAACUACACCUUCCAGAUCUGGGCCAUCAACGGGGUGUCCAAACACAACCCCAGCCCAGAGCAGUCUGUGUCUGUCACUCUCACCACCAACCAGGCCGCUCCCUCUAUGGUCAUGUCUGUUCAGAGUAAGGACAUCACGCGGCACACGCUCACUCUGUUCUGGGAUCAGCCUGAAAAACCCAACGGCGUCAUUCUGGAGUAUGAGGUCAAAUACUACGAGAAGGAUCAGAAUGAGCGGAGUUAUCGUAUUGUGAAGACGACUUCUCGAAAUGCUGAUAUUAAGGAUCUGACCCCACUGACCUCAUACGUGUUUCACGUACGCGCUCGCACCGCAGCAGGAUAUGGAGACUUCAGUGCACCCUUUGAGUUCAGCACCAACACUGUGGCAGCUCCUGUUGUUGGAGGAGUCAUGAGCUCUGCUGUGCUGCUGCUGCUGGUGGCUGGAUGUGUGGUGGUUCUGCUCCUGAUCCUCAUCAUCACCUUCAUCAUCACUAAAAGGAGGAGCAAAUACAGCAAAACUAAACAGGGCGAGGAUAAAAACGUGCAGCAAGGGGUGAGAAUAUACGUUGACCCUUUCACCUAUGAAGACCCCAACCAGGCCAUCAGAGAGUUUGCAAAGGAGAUCAACACGUCCUGCAUCAAGAUCGAGAAGGUGAUCGGCAUCGGUGAGUUUGGCGAGGUGUGCAGUGGCCGUCUGAAGCUGCCAGGAAAGAGAGAGAUCUGCGUGGCUAUAAAGACACUGAAGGCGGGGUUUACCGAGCAGCAGAGGCUGGACUUCCUGAGCGAGGCCAGUGUGAUUGGCCAGUUUGACCAUCCCAACAUUAUUCACCUCGAGGGUGUCGUCACUAAAUGCAAACCAGUUAUGAUCAUCACUGAAUACAUGGAGAACGGCUCACUGGACAUGUUUCUCAGAAAGAACGAUGGUCGCUUCACCGUCAUUCAGCUGGUGGGCAUCCUGAGAGGAAUCGCCUCCGGUAUGAAAUAUCUCUCCGACAUGAGUUACGUCCACAGGGAUCUGGCAGCACGAAACAUACUGGUGAACAGCAACCUGGUGUGCAAAGUCUCUGAUUUUGGCAUGUCCAGAGUGCUUGAAGAUGAACCAGAAGGAGCGUAUACCACCAGGGGAGGGAAGAUUCCAAUUCGCUGGACGGCUCCAGAAGCCAUCACAUACAGGAAGUUCACCUCAGCUAGUGAUGUGUGGAGUUAUGGCAUCGUCAUGUGGGAAGUGAUGUCAUAUGGUGAAAGACCAUACUGGGACAUGAGCAACCAGGACGUGAUCAAGGCAAUAGAGGAAGGCUACCGGUUGCCACCGCCCAUGGAGUGUCCGCUGGCUUUGCAUCAGCUCAUGCUGGAGUGCUGGAUGCGGGACCGCGCCGACAGGCCCAAAUUCAGCCAGAUUGUCAACAUGCUGGACAAACUCAUACGCAAUCCUGCCACGCUCAAGAGGACGACAGGAGACGCCAGCAGGCCACACCCCUCAACAAUUAACCACACCCCUUCAGAAGGCUCCGCCCCCUCUUUGGCUUCUGUGGACGAAUGGCUGAAACUCAUUGGACUAGAGCAAUACAGAGAAAACUUCCACACCGCAGGCUACAGCAGCAUAGAGAGCGUAAUACCCAUGAAUCACGAAGAUCUGGUCAAAAUGGGAAUCUCAUGCAGCGCACAUCAGAGGAAGAUCCUGAGCAGCGUGGAGGAUUUGUUAUCUGGAAUGCAUCACAGGCAAGACACUAAAGUUCCUGUCUGAUCUGUGACGAGGAGUAAAAAAAACAAUGCAUCAUGUUGGUCGACAUGAAUUACAAGAGGGACGGAGUAUUUCACAUCACUCUUGCACUUUAAUGGAAUAUGAAAGGUAUGGAGAUCAUAAUGAAUGAGCUAAACUGCACUUUUCUGGAGCGCUUUGUGCUUUUAUGAGGAGUUUUUCUACUUCUCUGGGUGUCUGAGGAUUUUGACGCUGGCCUUUGCCGACAAUUAAAAUGGCUUAAUAGGAUGGGAUGAGAUGUUUCUGACCCAAGCGGCGAGGCAGUGUUUUUUCGAUGGGAGAACGUUUGGGAAGUGUCCUUCCUUCUGUAAGUAGAAAAAAGGUCAAACGUUUAAAAAGCAAGGGUAAAAAUGAACCACAAUGCUUUUCUCCUCAGGAUUUUUUUCCCCAGGAUGGCCGCUUGUCAUCAGCAGGAAGGAAUUGCUCCCCGUGGAUCAGAUCUGAACGUUAAAUUCAAACAGAUCUUUUGCCUCGGGAGAUUUUCAGCCUUCGCAAACUAAACUAAAAGACCUUUCGGUGUGUUUGUUUUAUGAAGGCCAGAUGGAGCUUUCAGAGGCAGUGCUGAAUGGAAAAUCAUAUUGCUUUAUUUGUUGGGGAGAAAAAGAGAAGUAAUGAAAUAAAGGGAGUGAGGAGAUAGAUCCAGAUAAGAUUUAGUCUUAAGUUACUCAUGUUCUGUGUAUUCAGUCUUUGCAUUUUUGAAGUAGCAAAGUAAAUGACUUAAUCUGACGGCUCUUCCUUGUUUCUUUCUGUCUUGUUUUUAUUCCCUCAGUUUGAUUUCAUUUACAGCACCUCCAUGUCAAAAUGUACUUUUUGAAUACCAUUGAUUCUAUGACAGGAAAUCAUCUACACUACCUUACAAACGUUUUGUCUUCGAUCUCAGUUGUAAGAGCAACAAAUAAUAACUUGACUUCUAGUAAAUCAUUUGGAAAAGUGGCAGAAGGUAGGAUUUUCCAAUGAAUCAUUCUGCAUCUCAAUCAUCACAAAUACAGCAGAAGAUCUACUGGACCCAAGAUUCUCAUAGAAAUCAGUCAAGUUUGGUGAAGGAAAAAUCAUGGUUUGGGGUUAUAUUCAGUAUGGGGGCGUGUGAGAGAUCUGCAGAGGGGAUGGCAACAUCAACAGCCUGAGAUAUCAAGACAUUUGUGCUGCCCAUUACAUUACAAACCACAGGAGAGGGCAAAUUCUUCAGCGCUCCUCAUACUUCAGCCUCCACAUCAAAGUUCCUGAAAGCAAAAAAGGUCAAUGUGCUCCAGGAUUGGCCAGCCCAGUCACCAGACAUAAACAUUAUUGAGUGUGUCUGGGGUGAAAUGGAGGAGGCAUUGAAGAUGAAUCCAAAAUAUCUUGAUGAACUCUGGGAGUCCUGCAAGAACGCUUUCUUUGCCAUUUCAGAUGACUUUAUUAUUAUUUAUUUAUUUAUUUUUGUGGAGUCUCAAUAUCAACAAUAUCAAUAAUUUACAUUUUUUUAACAAUAACUAAGGGUAAACAAGAACAAUUGAAAACCCUCAGUCCCCCAUCCCACCCCCAAGGAGAAUUAAAAAGAAAAAAAUAACCUGCACACAACAACAUUAGCACCUACAUGAGUUGUCAAAGCAAUGAAAUAAAUAUACAUAAAAUAUAAAUAACACAAUCACAGAUUAAUAAAAAGGGCAGAGAUCUUUCUUAAAAAAUAAAUAAAUAAACAAAAAAUAUAAAUCAGCGAAGAGUUGUGUUGUAUUCUUGACUAAAUUAAUUAGAGGAUCCCAGUUGUUAUAGAUUUUUUCAGUGGAACCUCUUAUUGUAAACCUAAUUUUUUCAAUAUAUAGAAAAGACAUCAAAUCUUCUAACCAUAAUACAGUGGGAGGAGGUUUAGAAGACUUCCAGUCUAAUAAAAUCCAUCUCCUGGCUAUAAGUGACGCAAAGGCUAGAACAUUAGCAUUCUUAUUUUCAGAUGACUUUAUUAAUAAGUGAUUCGAGUCAUUGCAGAGAUGUAUGGAUGCAGUCCUCCAAGAUCAUGGGAGUCAUACCAAUAUUCAUUCUGUUUCCACUGCAGCAUGACUUUAUAUUCUAUACUGGACAUUAUUUCUGUUAAGUGACAAGACUUUUGUCUAAGCAAAGUCAGACCUUACUGUCCUAAUUAAAUAAUUAAAA